AUGGACCCGCGGUUUGCGUCGCGCAUCAUCCCGCGCCGGCUGGAACGAAUCGUCCACGAAUUGCAUCUCCGAGUCGACGCAAUCGUUCAUCGCUUUGCGAACAACGUCGCCACAGAGGUCCUGUGGUGCUCUAGAGCAAGCAUCCCGCUGUCCAGCUUUGCUGAGCUCUCUGCAGUCAUCGCCCCUGCCGUUUCCCUCGUUCUGCAGUCGCCUUCGGAAUCGCCCGAGAGCAUGGUAGCCUCCGAUAAGGACCAGGAAGUGCUCCUGAACAUCGUCCACCUCACCCGUACACCAUCCUCCUAUGGCCUCAACUCGGCACAUCUCCUCGCAUGGCAUGGCGUCACCGAGCUCUAG